AUGGAUUUGGCCCCUUGCAAUGAAGAUCGUGAAGAUGAACUUCAGCUUUCCUCUCCACAAUUAGGCCUCGCAACAAACGAAGCCCGAAAUUACUGGUAUUCGCUCGCCGAUGAUGCCAGGGCACAUUUACAUAACGUCAACCUUCUUGAGAUGGUCUCGCCACAAGAUAUACUAUGCAAAGUUCCGGCUUUUCCCGCCAGCCCCCUCGCACUUCAGGAGGUGCUUCUCUCGGAAUCCGGCUCUAAGGCGAUUAUAGCUAUGGCGUCAUCCACCAUGCGUCCCACCGAGACAGACAAAUGCAAUACCCGAGACACAACAAAAGAAGUCCAAUCAGCAUUGUUGGUUGGCAUACAAUCUCCCAUUUCCUGCCAUUUCACCGGCACCUGCUUUGAACAAAAAUUUGGGGUGCAGGGAGGUGAUGGCCGCAAGCUUCCAAAUUUCACUGGUAUCAUCUCGCUUGCUUGGGCUUAUAUCCUCUCAAGCCGCCUAGUUGAAUCUCAGCAGCAACAAGGCGCGGAUAUUUCUUAUACCUCCUCGACCGCGAUAUGGCAGCAUCAUGAUAUAGAAGAUAUGACCGCCGUUGAAAUUGAGAUUGGUGAGGUCGAUGAGAGUACUGCCCGGUGGUGGGCGGCUAUCCUAGCCCCUAGACAAGGAUGGAGAACUUUUCUUUUGAAGAAGGAAGAUGAGGCUUACUAUUCACCUUGGUCACUUUCUCUGGAUAAAGGUCCAGAGUUCAGAGUUGUUUGGCACGACAAUAGAACCCAUUGCCCAAUUUCUGCUGUCUCACCACCAUCGUCGCAAACUGCCAUGAGACUUCUCGCUCAAUUUUGCUUACUGCAUGGUCUACGUGAGCAAUAUCAUGCCGCAUUCUUUGCGGCCUUGACAUUUCCCACGCACAAACACCUCGAGAUGGCUGUUGAACUGCCAUUGCCUGUAGUGACUCAGAUUCACUUGGCUCGCGCUCUGGACACGUACCAAGUCAAUGAAUUCCUCUCUUUGAGCAAAGACAUUCCUUCUUUUAUGGCCCUCAGUUGCAACCACAGUGUUGUGAUGUCCAGUCUGUGUGGCUCAUUUUGGGAGCCCAAUAUCCCAUGCAGCCAUGUUAGUCCAUGGUUGCAUCCGAUUUUGGAGGAAAUUCCCAAGGCCCCUUGGAUAUGUGAGAAACCAGGGCGAUAUCAUGAAAUCAUUGCUCUUAUAUGUGGGCAACGCCGUCCGCACCUCCGGGCCCUUUGGAUCGGAGCUGCCCUCAGCGGGCUUGUGCCGAAGGUCCUUGGAUAUGUUCGAAGUGGCACACCUCCCCUUGACCCCAACGGCUUUGCUUGGACAAGUUCUCCUCAGUCUUUCAUGGAUCUUACGGGGUCAGGGCCAUAUUUUUACGAAGAUAUCUCGGGAAACAACGCCAUAAGACGUGCCGAUGCCUGGAGGCUCUUGUACCUCCCGACCCCAGAAGAUGACGGACUUUACUAUAAAAGUCUCCCUUUCUCACCAUGGCCACCUGUCGGCCAAACAGUCGACAUAAAUUGCGCACUGCGAAUUCGCGUACACAAAUCAUGUGCAAGGCAUCGUCUGGCCUACACUUAUUGGACUUGGAGAUUGCAGGACGGGUCUUCCUUGAAUGACCAGGGAUUUUCGCCGGGUGACCCCAGCUAUCCCGAAGAAGAUUCCUUCGUGCAAUCACAGCGAAAGGACAACUCGCGAUAUCCGAAUAUUCCGAUCUCUCCAUCUCAGGAUGCGUCGCGUGAGGCAUCGUCCGAAAUCUUCCGCUGGGUUCUCGCCAAUCACGAAGGAAAGCCCCCUGAGCCAGUAUAUGAACACGAAUGGAUUGAGGGUUGUGACAUCAGUGAUGGAUACUGUUCAGAAACAAGAGAUGAGCCCAGCAGUGAAAACAGUUAUUUGAAUGAGGAGGAAAGUUGUCUACGAGGACGGAACAUAGAUGGCAGUUUGUUUCCGGUCUUGCGAGAAACUCAGGUAAUGGAGUGGAUGGAGAACAAUUUAUAA